AAGAGAUGUGGUCACGAGCUCCGGCUUUAUCCUCAACACCUGCAGGGAGGUGGAGAGCGAGUUUCUCGAUAUUCUAGCCCUGCGGGAGGAUUUUCUCGACAAGCCGAUAUUCGCCAUCGGACCGCUCAAUCCUGUGCCGGUAAUUAUCUCUAUUCAUAACAACACAGAUAUCAAUCGCGACGAGUGCUUGGAGUGGCUGGACGGGCACCCACCUUGCUCGGUCGUGUACGUAUCCUUCGGCACCAUGUCAACAAUUUCUGACGAGCAAACGGAGCAGCUGGCCUCUGGGCUUCGUCGAAGUGGGCACCGCUUUCUUCGGGUCCUACGAGAUGCCGACCGGGCUGACAUCUUCGCCUUUGAGAGCAGUAGUCGGCGGCUGCCGGCCGGGUUCGAGAAGGCGGUGGAGGGGGUGGGAAAGGUGGUGAGGGGAUGGGUGCCGCAACUGGACGUAUUGGCCCAUCGGGCCACGGGCGGGUUCAUGAGCCACUGCGGGUGGAACUCGUGCAUGGAGGCCGUGAGCUGCGGGGUGCCUGACACCGUUCAAGAACAGAAACAAUCGAACAGGUGA